UGUGUCACUGCUAAUUGUCAAACGAAAACUGACUAUGGGCCUUUUUUAUUUUUAUCCUUUUUUUGAGAAUAAAGACCAGUUUCUUCAUGAUGAAGUUUCAUCUUCAGUGUCACAACUUGCAACAAAGGUUCAAGGUGCAAGUUUUCGGGGUUGGAAGGAAGUGACGUCUAUGUUCAAUAAAGAUGAUGAACAGCAAUUGCUAGCAGGAUGCAAGUCUCCAAAAUCCAAAGGAACAAACCUAAAGCUAAAGGAAGAGAUGAAGUCUGAAAAGAAGCCAGGUUUUUGGGACAGUUUGGUGAUAAAGCAGAAUGUCCAGUCUAGGAAACCAGAUGAGAUUGAGGGAUGGGAACCGCCGCAGAUUACUGCUGCUGACUCUACCAGUGAUGCAGCAACUACUUUAAGUGACUAUACAGCCUGGUCAGGCUGGGAAGAUGAAACCAAAGGCUCCACAAAAUAUACAAACCUGGCCAGCUCAGGAAACAGUUCCAGGUGGAGUAUCAAAUCAGCUGGAAAGCUGGUUAGUAUUAGACGUCAAAGCAAAGGUAACCUUACUGACAACUGGGAAGAACUAGAAUGAUAUUGUUAAGGUGAAAUACUUUAUAUAUAAGAAGAGAAAGGUUCCAUGAUUUACUCGUAUGUUUAAACCAAAAUCAAAUCUGCUCAAUAUUGCACCUUUAUACAGUACUUUGUUUUAUUCAGAUUGUUACAAAUUUUUGCUCACCUGAUAGUAGAUUUUCUUAUUACAUUGUUAAAUAGCUAUGUUUUCCACACUGAAAAAAAAGUAGAGAAUCUAUUUUGUGCCUAUAUUUCACAUUCAGACUCUGCAGUGUGUUGGAUUGUUGGUUUUACCAAAAAAAUGUAAUUCCUUAGUGAAUGUAUACACUGGUUGUAAAUUUGACUGCCUUAUGUAAGAACUUCCACUAGCUUGAGGUCCAUUUGUUUUGUUGGGGUUUUUUUUCUGGUAUUUGAGGGCGACUCAAAAUUUUAGUUUUGAUGCUGUCCCUUUUUAACUAAGAAUACUGAUCUGUUGCUUGCAGGGAGAAUGCUUAUACUUAGACUGUUUUCCAAAUCUUCAGCCUCAGCAUAUGCUUCAGCUUGUGCACCGAAGAUGCUCACCUGUCACAAUGUGCUAUACUGUGUAUGAAAUGGGAAAAUAAUAUUCUAAUGUAAUUCCUUCCAUCACAGGAUAUUCACCAAUAGUCAGGUCAAAUGGGUCUUCCAGAGGUUUGGUUUGUUGGUUUUUUUUGUUGUUUGUUUUUUUUUUUUUUUAUAUUGUAUGUUGUUUGACAAAACUAAGCUGCUCAGUUUUUAAGUUUUAAUGCCAAAAAUAAAAAUCAUUGAAAAUUUGGAAAGCAGCAGUGAGUAGAGUAUAAGAACAUCUUGAUAAUCAGUAUCUGUAGUUCUGAAUCUAGGGAUAAAUUGCCUCUUAUGGAAGUGUAUAUGUUCUCAUUUUUACAGUAGCUGAUCCUUAUUCUACAA